AUGGCAGUUGACAUACCUUAUCAAAGAGUUCACAACGGCCAAAAUGAGCUAAAAGGCAGUUUACUUUUCAAGUAUAGACUGGCAAAGGCUUUGACAAUGGGAAGUUUGAUUGCUAUAGUCUUGAUGGCAGCUUAUUCUCUAUUCUAUCCAAGUAAAUACAGUACAAUCCAUAUAAUUGACAUGCUCAAAUUCUUAUUGACUUUAGAUGUUGUGUACGAUAAGGAUAAUACAAAUACUAGUGAUCAAGAUAACACCUUGCCAAUCACUUUUACUCCUCAAGAAGGUCAUUGUCAUUUACCAAGAGAAAUCCUCAUAGAGCACCCUACAGACGGAUCUUAUGCACCACCACCUCCACACAACUCUUUAUUGCGUGCUGUAAGCUAUGCCUCUAAUGAAGAAUAUCAGAAUUACUGCAAAAAAUAUGAUGAGAGUAAAGGAGGCUUUACAGACGAAUGGAAAUAUAAUGAGAAUGGAGAAUGUGGUAAUUGGCAAGAGAAAUAUAUCAAACUUCAUCAAAGAAAUAUGGCAUUGAUGGAAAAGUACAAGAAAGGAGAAUUUCCAAAGAAUAUCGAUUUUGAAAAUAGACCCAAGUUUAUCUCUUAUCUCUGUAAAGAAGUGCCUGUGAAUAGUAACAGAGGGUGUGGUGGACUGGCAGAUAGAAUGGGUGGUAUGAUCUCAACCUUUUUCUAUGCUUUGCUAACUGAUAGAGCAUACCUACUACAUUGGCAUGAAAUGAACCCUUUACCUUUGGAGGAUGUUUGGGAGCAGCCACAUAUCAAAUGGUCACAUGAUCCAAAGGAAAUGGAGGAUUUGUUUAGAGAUGAUGAAAACCCGUUACUAGGAUAUCAAAAUGUAGAUAUUUUGAAUAGAAAGUACGAUGAUCUUACGCAUACCAUGUUUCCUGAUGGCGGAAAUACCGAUUUUAAAGAAUUAUGGAAUGGGACUUAUGUCGAAGUACGAUCCAACCGUGGCUUUAUCAUUCGCACCUUUCAACUAUCUUCAAAGUAUAGAAAGCAACUAAAUACUAUGGGCUUAACAAAGGAAAACACGUUCAAGUGUAUCACCAAUUUUCUUUUUCGUCCAACCAUUGGAUCGCGUCGCUUCCUCAAUGCUUAUAAAAAUUUAUUUGAAAUGAAAAGCAUCCUUAGUAUUGGUAUCCAGGUCAGAACAGAUGACAAUGCUCUUGCCAAUCCUCAGUACGAUAUGAAUGGACUGAAGAAAUGGGGACACUUUUUAAAGUGCGCAGGCGAACUGGCUGACUUCAAGAGAGAACCACACCACAAACAUAUUGUUUUCUUCCUAGUAACAGAUUCUCAUCAUUUACGCGAUGAAUUUGUAUCACUUAAUGACAAGAAAGAUCUGGCUAGAGAAUACUUGAGCGAAAGUAUUGUUCAAUCCUCUAGUUUUGUCGUUACUGGAUUGCCUAUUGAACAUAUUGAACCUGAACAAGUAGCAAAGUACAUUGAUGUUGAGAAUCCAAAGGAAGUCAACAAGGCUACAAUGCAACCUGCUGUCAACAGUGCCUACAUGGAAAAUUGGCUUCUUGGUCUUACACAAUAUCGGGUUAUCUCUGUACAGGGUUACGGUAAGAUGGCUGCUUUUUACUCAGGAAAUGACAAGACUUCGAUUUCUAUGCCAAAGAUCGGUAGAACUCCUCCUGUUUGCUCUGUAGAUUCAUCAUUUGUUACAUUUAAUUGGUUAAGCACUCAGUGGAGUUUGGGUUAA